AUGAAACAAAAAAUUAUAAAAUGUAAUGGUGUAAUUAAAUUCGAUAUUAUAACAUUUCCACUUAAUUUUUCUAUAAAAAUUAAAAUAAGAAUAAAUAGUAUUAUUGAAAUAGGAAGUAAAAUCAAUGAUGUUUUUGUACUAAACCAAAUACUACAGAAAGUUGAAGAUGAUUUUUCAUCUUCAGAAGACAUAUUACUUUUAGAAAAUUGCAUGUUAUCAUUAUUUUCUUGA